AUGCAGCAUAUUCCUGCUUCUCCUUCCCGAAAUCUAAGGGUGGCUCUUGAAGGCUGCGCAGUGCGCAACUCGCAUGACUUGAGCUGCAUGUCAGUUCCGCAGAAGUACAAACAAAUUGGGGAUUUUCAUGAGUACUACAGCGGUGCCCGUGUCGCUCCAUAUUUGACUAUCUUUGUUGGCGGAAACCAUGAAGCCAGCAAUCAUCUCUUUGAGCUCUACUAUGGAGGGUGGGUAGCCCCCAACAUCUACUAUCUUGGCGCUGCCAACGUCAUCCGCUGUGGGCCUCUUAGAAUCGCAGGUAUCUCUGGAAUCUGGAAAGGAUAUGACUAUCGCAAGUCCCAUUUUGAAAGGCUCCCGUAUAACCGUGCCGAUAUACAGAGCAUUUACCAUGUCAGGGAACUCGAUGUUCGCAAACUGCUACAAAUUCGAACCCAGGUUGAUCUGGGCUUAAGCCACGACUGGCCUCAGGGUAUUGAAUGGCAUGGCGACUUUCAAAAACUGUUCCAGAAGAAGCCAUUGUUUGAACCGGACGCGAAUUCAGGAAGGUUAGGCAGUGUUGCUGCGAGAUAUAUUAUGGAUCGCCUUCGACCCGCCUUCUGGUUUUCUGCACAUCUCCAUUGCAAAUAUGCAGCAAGUUUAACACAUGGUGAUUAUAAGCCAGCGGGGUUGAAAAAUAGAUUCAAUCCAAAUCCACAGCCUCACCAACAACCCCAGCAGCCAUCGUUAGGAGAUGAUGUUCUCAAUUCACCGUCUCUUAUUACCAAUGAGCAACCUAACGCGCCUAGUUCUACUAAUGAAGGUAUAACAGCUACUCAGAGUGUCGAAAUGGUGCUUGAUGCAGCACAUAUAUCAUCCAAGGAAGUAUCGGCUACAAUCGUAGAUACUGCAAUGAGUGAGGAGAUCAUAAUGUCAACGCUUGGUGGCGAUGGUGAAGCCACAACGCGCGCAGCAGAGAGCGCCGAAAACGCCCCACAGCCACAGCCACAGCCUGCUCAAGGUGCAGAACGUGAUCGUGCACAGUUAUCUGCCUGGCAGAACUUCCACUCAGUUGCAACCAAAAACGAUGCUGAAGAGAGUGCGCGACUCAUGAAGGAAGCGGCCGAGUAUGAGAAACAGAUUGAGGCUGGCUUGAUAAGUAGACCAGAGGUUACGGUUAAGGACGAUAACCUAGGACGUGAAAUUGAGGAUGUUGCAAAAAUCGGAUAUAAUGCCCAGCAAGAACUUCGGAAAAUUACCGAACAAGAGACAAGAGGCGGAGGAACCGAGGUUAAAAAUCCCGACGAGAUUGAUAUUAGUCUUGAUAGCUCAUCCGACACUUCGGAGAAACUUGAGCAAGAGGAUACCGCAAGCACUAAGCCUAGAAAUACGGAUAAAAUGGAAAUUGAACAUAGUAUUUCAUCAGGGAAAGCGGAAGAAACCGCUACAGCUGCAGUGGAUGCAGCUGAAGCUUCACAAUCAGGGGAUAUCCCUAAGGAAAUUCGAGAUCAACUACCAGCAAGUUUCAGGAAACCCGAAACAAUUCUAGAUGAUGCCCCAGUUUUCGAGUCUACCUUACCAGAAGCCAUCAGCAAUACAGAAACCAGCUUCCUGGCCCUUGAUAAAUGCGACAGACAUAGACAAUUUAUUGAAUUGGUGGAAUACCCGGCCAUCUCGUCUCCUGAGGAGGGAGAAACCGGAGAGGAGAGCCGCCCAUACCAAUUGAAAUAUGACAAGGAAUGGCUCGCCAUCACUCGAGCCUUCGCUAACGAACUCACACUCGGCGAUCCCAACGCCUCCGUACCCACGAACAAGGGAGACGCACGUUACAAACCCAGCAUCCUCGCCGCGGAACAAUGGGUAGAAGAAAACGUCGUCAAACCAGGCAGAAUGACCAUCCCGCACAACUUCACCAUCACCGCACCCGUCUACGACCCUGCCGUGCCCAUCACGACAACUGAGAUGCCGCCAGAGUAUACGAACCCGCAAACGGCGCAGUUUUGUGACCUCAUUGGGAUUGAGAAUAAGUUUCAUGCUAGUGAUGAGGAGCGAUUUGCGCGGGCUGAUGCGGGGCCGCGUCCGGAGCCUCUUCAGCAGCGGCAUGGACAGCGGUUUCGGGGGCAUCAGGAUAGUUCUUUUAAUUCCUUCGGGAGGGGGAGGGGGAGAGGAUUCGGGAGGGAUGGUGGCCGGUGGCAAGGUGGUCGUGGUGGCCGGGGAGGUGGAGGCAGAAGCAGGGCAGGCCGUGGUGGCCGUGGUGGCCGUGGGGAAUAUUAUGGCGCCCCGAUAUAA